GUGCGCCGCGAGCGGCCUCCGCGGAGCGUGUAACGUGUGUGUGUGGCGCGCGCGAUCUUGACGUUUUUCGCCUCGAUCAGCGGUUGCGUAUUCGGUACGUGAUGCCGGCGGCGCACCUGACGCUGCGCGAGGAGGACGUGGUGCGACUGACUUUGGAGUUCCUUCACAGUCGCGACCUUCACAUCUCGCAGCUCUCGCUCGAGCGUGAGACCGGCGUAAUAAACGGCCAGUACAGCGACGACGUUCUCUUCCUGCGCCAGCUGAUCCUCGACGGACAAUGGGACGACGUGCUCGAGUUCAUUCAGCCGCUAGAAGCGCUGUCGGAUUUCGAUAUGAGGAGAUUUACGUACUCGAUCCUGCGACACAAGUAUGUCGAGCUGCUGUGCAUUAAGUCCGAGGCGAACGUUAUCGCCACCGGGACGAACGGCAGCGUUGACAACGCCGUGGAGGAGGUUGUCAAGGUGUUGAGCGACCUCGAGAAAGUCGCACCAUCCAAAGAGGAAUACAGCAGCCUGUGUCUGUUGCUUACUCUGCCGCGGCUGACGGAUCACCUGCAGUACAAGGACUGGAAUCCCAGUAACGCGAGGGUGCAAUGUUUCCGCGAGGUUCACCCUUUAGUAGAGAAGUUCCUGCCGGGCGACAGAAAGAGCGCUGAUCCCGCGCAUCCGACUACCUCAGCGAAAAACGAUCGGCUUAUUCAGCUCGUCAUCAAGGGCAUCCUGUACGAAUCCUGCGUUCAUUAUUGCCAAGCGAAAGCUACCGGGUCGAAAGAGAGCGAACAGGUAGAGAUGAGUUUUUCGAGGCUACUAGAUGGAUCCGUGGGCUUCAGCGAUUCGGACUUGAGUUUGCUCUCAUGGCUUCAAAGUAUACCCCCCGAGACGUUCGCCGUACCCUUCGCACAAAGAACCCUGAACGUCGACGUGGAGCGCUUGGAAAGGCCCUCCUUGGAGACCUCGUGGACGGAGCACAUGCUGAUAACGCCGAUCAAGCCGAAGACUUUCCCGCACAGCGCCAUGCCGUUCACCAGGCCGAGAUCCGCUGCGGACAUGAUGUCUCGUAGCUUAGUGCCGGCACUGGAGGCUGGUCUUGGACCCAGAAGUCCCAAGAACACAUCCAUCCCGUCGGCGGCGCUUAUGGCGCUGUCCGUCGGCGACGUAAAUCCGAUGUCCAGGUCAUCAUUCGCUAGCUUCCAUUUGACCGGUUCCAAGAACAACAAGUUGAUGAACACUAGCGUCGACAGGCUCUUCGAAAACGAGGGUGAUGUCUUCCUUAGCUCAAAUUACGCCGAGUUUCAACAGUUACCCUCGAUACAGGAGACUACAAUGAAUGCUCAACCUAAGGCUCCGCCGCGGACUCGAGGACACUCCAAAAGCCCCGACGGCGUGGAAGUGGACCCUUCAGCGACAUCCACGCCAGAACGCAGAGCGGCUGGAAGGGAAUCGCCGGCGCCUUCGACCGCCAGGAGUUCCAGAAGGGACUCCUUGACGGAGAAGCCCACGGGAGUCGCAGCCAAAAUUACAGACCCAUCCGUGAUACCGAUUAGAGCGAUGGCUCCUAGCGACAACUUCGAACAAAGUUACAACGGUGGCCUAUUUAAAGAAUACCAGAAACAGAAGCAGAGACUGCAGGAGACCAUCCAACUGAAGGAGAGGGAGAGGGAGGAGUUAGUCAGGCAGCUAACUGCGCCGUUACCCAUGCAAUUAGCAGUAGCAGAUAACAGGCUCCAGGCAGAAGGAAUAAAGCAGCCUUUGGGGAGCAAAGGACCUUCGCCCGUUCACACGAGUGCACCUGUCCGGUCUGGAAUCCAGUCGCCGAAGCCUACGAUCAAUGGAUCGGAUCCAGUCGCAAGGCAAAACUCGGUGCUGAGUGGCAUUUACGAUUCAAAGGUGUCGGAGGAACAUUACGACGUCAUCAAGCAGGAGCCGAGACCGGAACUCGACGCCAGCAAUGGCAGCAGCAACGGUGGCGGCAGGCCGCGCUUCGUUCCCGUCACCGCUCUGGAGGACGUCCAGGCGAUACGCUGCGCCGAAUUUCACCCCCACGGCAAACUGUACGCCGUGGGAUCGAACUCGAAGACGCUGCGGAUAUGCGCCUACCCGAAGCUGCACGAUGUCAGAGAGGACCAUCAGACGUACCAGCCCACCGUUCUCUUCAAGAGAACGAAGCAUCACAAGGGCUCCAUAUACUGCCUCGCGUGGACACCGAACGGACGGUUGAUCGCGACCGGAAGCAACGAUAAGACCGUGAAGUUAAUGCGCUUUAACGCUGAUACGUCGAAUCUUGAAGGACAAGAGGUCGAGUUGACCAUGCACGAUGGUACGGUGCGCGACUUGUGCUUCCUCGAGGACACGACAAACAAGUCGAGCCUUCUGAUCAGCGGUGGUGCUGGCGACUGCAAGAUUUACGUUACCGAUUGCACGACCAGUACGCCUUUCCAGGCCUUGAGCGGCCACAGCGGCCACGUGCUGACGCUUUACAACUGGGGCGGAGCGAUGUUCGUCAGCGGAUCGCAGGAUAAAACAGUCAGGUUCUGGGAUCUGAGGACGAGAAGCUGCGUCAACAUGGUCACACCUGCGACGGUACCUGGCAGCCGGGUCGGCAGUCCCGUAGCUGCGCUGUGCGUAGAUCCGUCUGGCCGAUUGUUGGUGUCCGGCCACGAGGACAGCAGCUGCGUUCUCUUUGACAUUCGCGGCGGCAGAACGGUGCAGUGUUUCAAACCUCACGCGGCAGAUAUCAGGAGCAUACGAUUCUCACCGUCGGCGUAUUACUUAUUGACGGCGGGAUACGACAACAAAUUGGUACUCACAGAUUUACAAGGUGAUCUUACAAUGCCUCUACCUAGCGUCGUAGUCGCUCAACAUCAGGACAAAGUCAUCUCCGGACGUUGGCAUCCGACGGAGUUCUCGUUUCUCAGUACUUCCGCUGACAAAACUGCUACGCUGUGGGCCUUACCGCCUGUUUAAAGGCCCGACAUGAUAACGCACCGUUAUUUAUUUACCUGUUCUUUUAAGAACAUUUUACCAUAAUAAUUCAACAUUGACAGUGUUAUUUAAAUUUGUUUUUUUUACAUUGACUCCUAAAGGUUCAUACUUUGACUUUGAUUCUUAAGUAAUCCCGUAAACAUUAUAUAAUCGCAAAAAGUAAAAUUUCGAGCUGUAUUAAUGUUUUAACAUAUUUACAUGGAGUUUAAUUAUAUCUUAAAUGACCAGUUAAAACUUUAAUUUAUACGAUUGCGUCAUUAAUUCAGCGCAAUAUAUUGAUACGAAAGUAAAGCAUUUAAAACAUAACACGCUUUGAAGACUCGGGUUAAAAGGGAAUAAAGAACGCGUAAAUCACGCGAUAUAUAAGGCGAGGAGCAUCCGUGAAAUUGUUUUUAGCUAUAAAUUUUUAAUAUCGGGAGUUUACAAGACUGCAGAUGAAUAAUCCCUCGCUCCCGAUGCUGUUUUACAACUACGCGAAAUUGGAUCAUACAGGUACAUCAUUUUCAAUAUCUUCUUUUUGCACAACAUGAGGACAGGUUUUCAGAUUUCAGAUAUUUUUUUUGCAGAAAACAAUGCACGCGUACUUAUAUUAGAACCGCGAUAUAUUUCCUUCCCCGGUCUUUUUUCUUAAUCUAAUUUCGUUAAUCAGAGAUGCUGUAUUGUAGAUACGUUGAGCUACGUUAAGAAAAUGUUAGUAAUACGGUCUUCACGCUCCUGUACAAAGGACGUUUUAAUUUCUAGUUCCAAACGCUCUCUUACUUUCGCUCAUUACCGUGUCGGUGCAACGUUUCACAACGUCUAAAUAUUUGUCUUACUUACUUUAUUCUUCAUUUAUUGCAAAACUCGUUGCCACAAUUGUUGCAAUUUGCGCGCGCGUUUAAUUUACAUAGAUGCUCAUACUUCCAUCUCCAUGUUAUCAACUCACAAGCCAAAUAUACACACGCGUUCUAGUACAUAGUAUAUAUAUAUAUCUGUAUUUGCGAAACAAAUUAUAUACGUACGCUCAUACAUAAUCGCUAUUUUUUACGGACUAAAAUAAUAUAGAUCGCGAGAGUUUAUCCGAGCGUCAAGCAAUUAAGCGAUUCGUCGCGACAUGUGACUAAGUUUACGCAAUUCGCGCAAAGAAGUAUUCUUUAGUAAGAGUCGUGAGAACUAACAAUUAGAUUUAAGUUGCUUGUUGCAAUCGCCAAAGCUCACAGUAGCAGCGAUAUGGAAAGAGAGAGAGAGAGAGAAAAGUACGCAUCACUUUGUGCUGUCGAAAGCAAUUUUCUCGUCGAUUGUACUCGAUUCGAUGGUUGAACAUGGGACGAAGAUUUUGUAAAUACACGUUCAUCAGCAACUGAACUCGGCGACUCUUUAAAUUAAUCAUUAAUCUGUCGAGUGACGGUGCAAUCAUAUCAUUAUUUUAUUCUAUUUCGACGUCAAUGUUAAGAGCGAGUUUUACUUUGUCCUAUUAGCAUAUAUUUUCGGCGUACGGACAAAUCGUAUUUUAAGAUCGCGAAUAUAUUGAAGAAGAAUGGGAAAGAAAUAGUAAAGAAAUAUAAGAGAUUAGCAGAAUAAAGGGAAAACGGGUGAAUAAUAGGAAGGUUAAAAGUUAACCGCUCGCUACGUAGAUUCGUGAUCCUUCACGUUCAAUCAUUCACAAGAUGACAUGGACAAAUAUUUACUAAUGUUAAUUAUUUCCUGGUAAGGAAAAAAUAUUUUGAUAAAAUCAAUUGUUUCGAACACUCCAUUUGUUUCUUAAUAAUUAUUUUAUAUCGCUCUGUGCGAUUUUUGAAAAUGAUUUUGGUGGAAAUUUAAAAGUUUAAGAAUAUAGAUAAUUGAGAUAAAAUCCGAGUUGUAAAAUAUGUUUGCAUGAAAAUAUGAUUUUUAAUGACUGUGUAUUUCGUACCUCGUUAUCCAACAACUUUUUCUGCUUUGCGCAUUUUGUAAUGAUUGACAAAGAUCAGAAUGGCAGUGGCGAGCAAACGGAAUGGGACGGAAGCGAUUAUUUGUUAAUAGCAACUCAAUGCAAGUUCAUCUGCUUCCAUGUAGCAAUUUAUCGUGCCUUCUGUCGUGGCUGCUUUUGGCGAUUUACAUUUACUUUUGUACUUUUUGUGAGCUGUUAUUCUUCCUCCCCGCCCCUUCCCCUCCGCCUCCUCACGUUCCUCAUCCCACAACAGUAAUAUACCUCCCUAUCUCACAAUAUUUUCGAACGAGUUCGUAAAUGUCUAAAAUAAAAAUCUCAUUAUCGUACUCGAGUAUUACCACAUAACGCACUAUAUAUACAUAUGACAUAACUUAUAACUUUGUACUUUUCUUGUAGAUACGAUAUAAUAUGUCACACGUCUAAUUUAAACAAUAAAAUUUACGUUAUUAAAGUG